UUAGCUCACACCUCCUACUCCUUCUCCAAGAGUGCCAAUCCCUGGUGACUAAGCAUUCAAAUAUAUGAACCUAGUAGCCAUUAACUUGUAUACAAGUUAAACUAUGGUGAUAAACUUUACAGUUAACACACAUAAUCCCCGCUGUAUUUCUGUUGACACUAUAGAUUUCACAGACCCUUCUUCUUCCUCUCUCUGACCCAUCUCAUCUGCUCCCAGGCCUGGGACUGAGGCCUCCAGGACUUCAGACUAUAGCUCUCCCAGUCUCAGGUACCUACUCUUGUGGUCAGGUGCCUGUCUACCUCACUCUCUAGGGACCCUGGCCAGCAAGCAGAUCUGUGCUAUUGGCUAACUUAAGGACCCAGAGCAGAAAACUCCUCAAGUGUCCAUCUAACAGUUCACCAAGCAGCUAAGGAGAGAGUACUGGAACAGGAAGAGCACCAGAUGUCAAUCGGUGGCAAACCCGUGCCCAUUUUCCUGGAGACCAUUAAAAAGCCAGUAGAUGACCCAAGCUCCAGACCUCCAUCUUUGACACAGUCGUCAACUGAGACACCAAGCUCCAGACCUCCAUCUUUGACACAGUCGUCAACUGAGACACCAAGCUCCAGACCUCCAUCUUGGACACAGUCGUCAACUGAGACGGCAAGCUCCAGACCUCCAUCUUUGACACAGUCAGCUGAGACAGCAAGCUCCAGACCUCCAUCUUGGACACAGUCGUCAGCUGAGACACCAAGCUCCAGACCUCCAUCUUGGACACAGUCGUCAGCUGAGACACUAAGCUCCAGACGCCCAUCUCUGACACCAUCUCUGGUUGAAGCUCUGUCUGAUGAAGAGCCUGUUUCUAACUCUGUUGACACUAUUGUCCAAAAGAUCUUUCUUGCUGUGACCGCUGAGCUGAACUGUGAACUGCUCUCCAAAGAGCAGAGAGCACGCAUAGCAGCUGUCUGCCCUGGCGUCAAAAGCAUGGAGGGUGAUGACGGAAUUGCGAAGGUGUGUGGAAGCUUCAGAGAUAUUGAGAAGAUACAUCACUUUUUGAGCAUGCAGCUUUUGGAAAGUGGGCAGAAACAGAAGUACCCCCCACAAAAAUACCCCCCUUCUGAUGUGGAGAGAGAGCCACCCAACCAGCAAGACCGGGUCAGAGGCUUUUCCUCUUUGGAACCAAAAGACAAGUUAGAAGAUGUUUUUGAGAACUGUUUUGAAGUUUCCGUGCUUCUCCUUGAAUAUUUCAGACAUGCCUGUCCUGGUAGAAUACAGUCCAUAGAGAAAAAAUUUGGGGUAAACAUUGAAAUCCAAGAUAGUGCUCCCGACAUGGUCUCUGUACGCUUCACACCCAGACAAUCAGACAACUUAAACUUAGAAGCAGCUUGUGAGUCUUUUGUCAAAGACUUUCAGAAAUGCACCCAAGCUCUGAAGCAAGAUUGUGUCUCUUUAGAGGACCCUCAGAAAGCAAAGGAACUCAGACAGGAGUUGAGUCGCUGCUUUCCAAAGCUCCUGAUAAAGGGGCAGGGGGAAACGCUAACUCUCCUCGGCUCUCAAGCUGACAUUUCAGCCGCCACAGCAAAAGUCUCCCAAACUUCCCUCAAGACACCUGUGAAAAUAAUGGCGUCUGGUUACAGGACAGGGAUUGAAGUUGAUUCGACUCACUUUAAGCUUCUAAAACCUGAAUUGCUCCAGGAAAUCUCAGAGAUAGAGCAGAAGUAUAACACCUGCAGCAAAAUCCAGGACAAAAGCCAGAAAACCUACAUCCUAUUUGACACCAAGGAUAAGGAGGUUGACCUGUCUGUGCACUCUUAUGCAAGUUUCACUGACGCCUUCCAACAUGCCACGUGCCAGCUAAGGACAGAAGUCCUGCCGCUGAAACACUUGGGCAAGGGGAAAGCUCACUUCCAUAAGACCAAGUUUGUCGACGACUUAAAAAAAAAGCACCCAAGUGUACACUUCGUGAUAUCUCAAGAGUCAAUGGCUUUGAUUGGUUUGCCGAAUCAGCUUGCGCAGGCAAAGCAGUAUGUCUUCAAAAGAGUGGGACUGUCCCCAUCAUCUGGAGAGAAAUUAAAUGGGGAUCGUGAAACACCCAUGGAUAUCGACAGGGAUGACUCACAUUCGGCUUUACCUCCUCCCAGAGGCUCUGCCGAUAGCUCUGGGGCCUUGAAGGAGAAGAGCGAAGAAGACGACUGUGCCAUCUGCAUGGAAACCAUUAGCAACAAGCAUGUGCUCCCUAAGUGCAAGCAUGAAUUCUGCACCUCCUGUAUCACCAAAGCCUUGUCAAUCAAGCCUGUCUGUCCUGUGUGUCAGACUUCCUACGGUAUCCAGAAAGGGAACCAGCCAGAAGGAGGAACCAUGACUUACAGCACGUUAAGACAGUCCCUUCCAGGUUAUGACAACUGUGGCACAAUUGUGAUUCAAUAUAAUAUGAAAAGUGGCAUCCAAACAAAGGAGCACCCAAACCCAGGAAACCCUUAUCCUGGAACAUAUCGAACAGCAUACUUGCCUGAUAAUGAAGAGGGAAGAAAGGUCUUGGAUCUGCUCCGAGAAGCCUUUCAAAAAAGGCUGAUUUUCACAAUAGGGUACUCUCGAGCAACAGGAGCCUCGGAUGUCAUUACAUGGAAUGACAUCCAUCACAAAACAUCCACAUUUGGAGGGCCAGAAAAUUUCGGCUACCCUGACCCUAAUUACCUGGAACGUGUCAAGGAGGAGCUGAAGGCAAAAGGAAUUGAGUAAGGAAAGCGCUGAGGAGAUGUCUGUCCACUUUCCAAAGAAGUGUGUCAGGAGGUCGUGUUAGUACAGGCCUAAGUCUUUUUAGAAAACUAUAGCGUUUUUUUUUUGUGUUAAGUAGAUGUAGUUUCUAUAAAAAGCAGAAGUCUGCUUGCCAGUCAUUUCUAGAGUGUUCCUGUUUCAUGGAAGGCAAAAUAUAAAGGGCAUGGGCUGGGGAGGUCAUCCAUAAGGUGUGAAGACAUGAGCUCAGAUCAGCAGCAGCCAUGCAAAAGCUAGUAUGAUGGCAUACGCUUGUAAUCUUAGCACUGGUGAGUGGAGACAGGAGGAUUCCUAGAGCGUACUGGCCAGCUAGUCUAGCCCAAACCAUGAGCUCCAGGUUCACUGAGAGACCUUGUCUCAAGAAAUCGGGUGCAUGGGAGCAUGAUGGCACAUGCCUUUAAUGCCAGUACUCGGAAGGCAGAGACAGGCGAUUUCUGUGAGUUCCAAGACAACCUGGUCUACAUAGACCAAGUUCCAGGACAGCCAGGGCUACAUGGUGAGACCCUGUCUCAAAACAAACAAAAUAAAUAUGAGGUGGACAGAAAUAAAGACAUCUAACAUCACCCUCUGGCCACCAUAUGCACCUGCACACACGAGUACACAUGUGUGUGCUCCACACACACAUACGCACAUACACACACAGAGAGAAAAGUUUUAGAAAGGAAAAAGAUAAGGGAUUUCAAAUUUUUGCUGAGGAAGUCUGAUCUCAUUCUUGUGUUAUGGUUGGGAUGCUGACUAGUAUGAAAUCAUCUUCUGUGUCUUUCACUUGAACCACUGGCAACUAAUUGAACCUCUCCAGUUUUUUGUUUUGCUUGAGACAGGGUCUCACUGUGUAGCUCUUGAACUUGCCUUGCAGACCAGAUUGGUCUUGAAUUUAGAUCUGCCUGCAUUAGCCUCCUGAGUGCUGGGAUUAAAGACAUGUGCUACA